UAGAGCUUGCUUCCUGUUCUUUGUGCAGCUGGGGGCCGGAGACCUGCGGAGCCACGGAGCCGCGGAGCCGGAGAGCUGCGAAGCUGCGGACCUGGACUGGCACUCGGAGCCGCGGGGACCGGUGAGACUUAACGCUGCCCCUCCUAGACCCUACUAGAAGCGUUAUCAUUCUGCCAGGCGGCAGGACGAACAAAGGAACUGGGAAAGCCGCAGGGCUCCACGCCGCGUUGCUCCCAGCGGCUUCCACUUCCGUUCGCUCGGUCCCGGAGAGUCAACGGAAUUAGCUAAAACUUUUUAGUGCUCCAAGUGUUGAUUAGAAGAGAAGCCAGUCACAAAGAAAGAAAGAUGAGUAAGAGCAAAGAGGAUGUUCCUCAUGAACUAGAGAGCCAGUUCAUCUUACGUCUGCCUCCGGAACAUGCUGCUACUGUGAGGAGGGCCAUACGGUCUGGUCAUGUCAACCUGAAGGACAGACUGACCAUUGAGUUACACCCUGAUGGGCGUCAUGGAAUCGUCAGAGUGGACGGGGUCCCACUGGCCUCAAAAUUGGUAGAUCUGCCCUGUGUUAUGGAAAGCCUGAAAACCAUUGAUAAGAAAACCUUUUACAAGACAGCUGAUAUCUGUCAGAUGCUCGUAGCCACAGUGGAUGGUGACCUCUGCCCUCCUGUGGAAGAGCCAGUUGCUUCUGCUGAUCCCAAAGCCAGCAAGAAGAAGGACAAAGACAAAGAGAAAAAGUUUACCUGGAACCAUGGAAUUACUCUGCCUCUAAAAAAUGUCAGAAAGAGAAGGUUCCGGAAGACAGCCAAAAAGAAGUAUAUUGAAUCUCCAGAUGUGGAAAAAGAAGUGAAACGGUUGCUGAGUACAGAUGCGGAGGCUGUCAGUACUCGUUGGGAAAUCAUUGCUGAAGAUGAAACAAAAGAAACAGAAAAUCAGGGCCUUGAUAUCUCUUCUCCUGGAAUGUCUGGUCACAGGCAGGGCCAUGACUCCUUGGAACAUGAUGAGCUUCGGGAGAUAUUCAAUGACCUCAGCAGCAGCAGUGAAGAGGGAGAUGAGGCACAGCAUCCCGAUGAAGAUAUAAACAUCCUCGACACUGAAGAAGAUCUGGAGAGACAGCUGCCGGACAAGCUAAAUAUAUCAGAUGAAUUGCACCAAGAAAAUGAAGGAAACAACCAGCUGGUUAUGGGAAUUCAGAAACAGAUCGAUACCAUCAAAGGCAAGCUCCAAGAGACCCAGGACCGCGCCAAACGGCAGGAGGAUCUCAUCAGGAAAGUGGAGAACCUGGCUCUCAAGAAUAGAUUCCAGGCUGUGCUAGAUGAACUCAAGCAAAAGGAAGACCGCGAAAAGGAGCAGCUCAGCUCUUUGCAAAAAGAGCUAGAAUCACUCCUCCUCCUGGAGAAGUGAGAACUUUGAUACUAAAUUUCAGUCCUCGGAAUGGUCAGCGUUAGAAAAACCUUGACUUUAUCACUUGGACUGAACAUUAAGACCUUACAGUAGUGCCUGUUCUCUCUAAUGCUGAAAGUUCUGUUGAGCUGUUUUUCAGAAUACUUUGUUAGGUACUCAUCCUAUAAGAAGUAGGAUUGUAUAAGCAACAAAAUGUUUGUAGGAAAGUUGCAGGAUUAGUGGACGAAACAAUUCAACCUUAAUUACAGCAUCAGUACAGGACUUUGUUAUGUUUUUGCACUUACCAGAUAGCUGCUGUGGUGGUGUGUGAUGCCUUCUUAGAUAAUAAGAACUUAGUUUGGAAGUAGUGAGAGUAGUUAGCAUGUUUUUCCACAUAGUAGUUAUUUUCCCACCUAUUCAAAAUAAUUUCCCACAUGUAGAGAUGAAAAUAAUUUCAUAAAGUUGUUUCUAACACAAUAAAUAAAAGUAACUAAUUUA